AUGGCUGAUAAAUUGAAAAAAUAUACGUUUCAAAGGAGAAUGGCAAUGAACGAUUUAGAAACGUUAUUGCGUUUAUCCAAUUCUUCUCUUACAGAGGUUCAUAAGCAGUCGCUUUUUCGUGUUCGGUACUCAGAGUUAGACGAUGUUUUGGAGAGUUUUAAUAAAAAUCAUCAAAACAUCGUUACAAAUCUUUUGAACUCUGAACCUACGGAUGCUCAAUUAGAUUCUGAGGACAUUAUUCGUUCCCAAUUUUUAAAUGAUUAUUAUCAGAUCAAGGCUAAUUUCGCGGAUCUCUUUGAAAAUGAUGAUAAUAGUCAAAAAAAUGAGCAAAAUAUCGCCGCUUCGAAUGCAGUACAAUCUCCUAGUAAUGUUCGCUUGCCGCAGUUAGAAUUAGUUAAAUUUUCCGGUGAGUUUACGUCAGCAAUUACUUUUUUUGACUUGUUCGAUGCGCUUGUGCACCGUAGACCUAACGUUGAUGAUACGGAAAAAUUAACGUAUUUGAUUCAAAGUUUAGAAGGGCCUCCUUUAAGGUUAGCUAAAUCCUUGCCUUUAGCUAGAGAAAAUUAUGUUAGGAUUUAUGAUAAAUUAAAAAAUAGGUAUUUAAAUAAACGUUUGCGUGCAAUGGCACAUUGGUGCAAAAUUGAAGAAGCUCCCGCAACUAUGUUUAAGAAUUCUGAUAGUUAUAGUAAUUUAAUUGAUACCUUUUCGGAAAAUUUAUCAGCUUUAGAAAAUUUGGGUUAUAAAAUUUCGGAUUUUGUGUUAGCUUACAAAAUUCUCACCAAGCUUGACGAGGAGACUCACCAACGUUCUGAAAGUGCCACUCAAUGCGCUACUUCUGUUGCUGCCGUUCCAACUACUGCUUCUUCUGAUGCUCAGGUUAAUACUGGAACAUUGAGCUCACAUGCUGCAUCAUUAGGUAGUGUUACCUCAAAAAACUCGAGCGUUUUGUUAGCUACUGCUGUGGUAGAAAUUAUGGAUGGUUGUGGAUUGUAUCAACCUGUUCGAGCUUUAAUUGAUGGGGCAGCAUGA